AUCAGAAGUAAACUUGCUCUUCCGGUUUAGGAACUUUGGAGGAAUUAAUAGAUUAGCACCUCCCUGCACAAACUUUGGAAUUCCCCUCAAUUAGCGAUUGUAGACGCGGAAGGCAGUGGCUUUUCCGUUCUUACCUUACAUGUUACUAUGUGAUAUAUAUAGAGAGAAACUAGAGUAUAGCUUCCAGCACAGCGCGGAUUCUUCUAGGAGUUAAGUUGCAAGCUAUUUCUUAAAUUUAGUAAGUAAAUGCAUCUAAUUUGGGGACUAUGUUUCUGUGAAGUCUGAGCAGCAAUGAUCUUAAAAUCUUGGCCCCCUGAUGUUAGACUGAGGAGUAAUGUUUCUGUUUCUGAUGAUGGCUAUCUGAGGAGGUAAUGCCUUUAUUUAUCUACUCGUUUUGCACAACUCUAAGCAUGUUUCCUUGGAACUUGGUGAUCAUUCAGUGUCUGGUAUCUUCAAGUAUUGUCUGUAGAAUAUGGCAGUCUUGAUUGAUCUGUGCAACAUAGCACCCAGCUCUUGGAAUAACUGGACCUGGGAAUCGGUGGUGAGCACACUACAAACUUUCCAGUCCCCACGUGUUUACAUUAUGUGUUGCGAAACUUUCAGAAGUGAAAGCAAUUGUGAAGAUGUAUUUCAUACAGCAAUUCAAGGUUUUCUUUGUCCAGGGAAAAAAUUUGAGAUUGUGUAUGCCAAGAGUACAGUUACUGCCUUGUACACCAUUAAACAAAAACUGGAUGAAAAAGACAUAGACACUAUUAAAGUAAUCUUGCCAGCACAAAGAAAACCCUUAAUGAGAGAAUACAUUAAUCAACUUUUUACUAGCAUUUACCAGUUUGAGUUUAAAGAUUUACAGAUGAAUUGUGAAGAAAACAACCCCCCAAAACCCACAAUACUGCUGAAUGAAUUAGCACCACUUACAGACCAAGAUGUAGAAAAGAUCCAAAGUGAGAUAAAAAUCUUUUUGGAGAACCUUCCUGGUCUUAAAGGAGAACUUGCUAUUCUCAGAUCUUUGCUGAUUCCAGAUCAUAUCUUCCUCCAUGGAUUCACAACAAGAGCAGGUGGCAUUUCUUAUAUACCGACUUUGAGUUCUUUCAAUCUCUUCAGUAGUUCCAAGCGGCGUGAUCCUCCAGUUGUGGUUAAGGAAAAUCUUCGUAGGCUUGCUGCUGUUGCUGGAUUCAAUCAGGAUACAUAUUACAGAGUAAAGGUCAACCAUGCCAGUGAUGUUUGGGUCAUGGGAAAGGCCAAGCCUGAUAGCUAUGAUGGUAUAGUAACGAACCAGAAAGGUGUUACAAUAGCUGCCCCUGGAGCAGACUGCAUCCCUGUGCUUUUCGCUGAUCCUGUCAAAAAAGCAUGUGGUGCUGCUCAUUCAGGUUGGCAAGGCACAUUGUUAGGAGUGUCUAUGGCUGUUGUUAAUGCUAUGAUAACCGAAUAUGGCUGUAAUGUGAAAGAUAUAGUUGUGGUGCUGGGGCCAUCUGUUGGACCUUGUUGCUUUAAACUGCCUCGGGAAUCAGCAAAAGAAUUUUAUAGGAUUGAUCCAAAAUGUGUAAGACUUUAUGAAUCAUCACACCCUUAUGUUGAUAUCAGAAGAGCAACACGUAUUCUUCUGGAGGCUGGAGGGAUACUGCCUCAGAACAUACAGGAUGAUUCUGUAAUAGACCAGAACCAAAAUCUCACUAUCUGUACAUCGUGUUGCCCUGAUAAGUUUUAUUCUCAUGUUCGUGAUGGUGAGAACUUUGGGACCCAGAUUGGCUUCAUAUCUAUUAAAGAUUGAGGGUUUAUAAUAAUAUUUGUGUAUUAAUGUGGUAGAAGCUAUUGAUCCAAACUGAUUUAUCUUUCUUGAUACUGAGUUCUUGCUGUGGUCAGCUAUACUUCCAAGCAAAAACCCUUCUACUGUAUAUUGUGACUAGCAACUGUCGUACGAAAUGGUUAUUUACUUUCACGGUACCAUGAGGAAAGAGCCCACCCACAUUUUCAGCAACAAGCAGCAGACCACUCAAUGUACAGAUAUAGGAAUCAAGAGCUAUCAUAAACUGCAGGGGCAGUGGUUUCCCUUUAUCUACUCCCAUUAUCAAUUACAAGGGCUUGUACCCUAGAGCGACUGGCACUGUUGGCCAUUUUACUGAGUGAAGAGAAUAUGUAUUCACUUAGAUGACAAAAUUUGGCAGCAGUUGCUUGAGGAGUAUUGGUUCAAGUGUUACAAACAUUAAUGUUCAAUAAAGUAUUUCCUUUCUGUAUCAGUCCAUUCCUCUGA